UUGUGUAGACAAAAAUAUCCAGGAAAUCUAAAACCAGACAAAACAACGGCAUCCAGCUCCCGUUUCUCUCCGUCUUUGUAUCUCUCUCUAUAAACCCUCACACUUUCUCAAUCAAAACCUCACCAAUUCCAAUUCCAAUUCCAAUUCCAAUUCCAUGGCUUCUCCAAAUCCAAAUACCCAUCUGGGUCUCUCUUUUCUCUCCCUAUUUCUCUUCCUCUCUCUCUUUAAACCCACCUUUUCAAUACAGGACCCUAUUUCUGUCUUUGAAAUCUUGCCGAAGUAUGGCCUUCCAAGCGGACUAUUACCCAAUUCAGUAACAAACUACACCCUCUCAUACGACGGCCGCUUCAUUGUUCUUCUGGGGAAACCGUGUUAUAUUCAAUUCGAGUACUUGGUCUAUUACGAUAAGCAAAUUACUGGCAAGUUGAGUUAUGGGUCUAUCACAGAUUUGAAAGGGAUUGAGGUUCAAAGAUUGUUUUUGUGGUUCAAUGUUGAUGAGAUCAAGGUUGAUUUGCCUCCUUCCGAUUCUAUUUAUUUCCAUGUGGGCAUAAUCAAUAAGAAACUUGAUGUUGAUCAGUUUAAGACCGUCCACUCUUGCCGCAAUAAGGUCUCUGGGUCCUGCGGCGGAUUCUGGAAUCAAAUUCUUGAGCUUCCAACUCCCACAGAUGAUAUUCAGAUGCUAAUUACGGAGUAGAGGCAACCAAGUGUUUCUGCUGUAUUGUAAGGUAGCCGAUAAACUUUGAUAUUCCAGUCAUUGUCAUUUUCGGACUCACAAACUAAGAGUCUGUAAGAGUCAUGUAUAAACUAGUCAUGAGAAUUUGCCCCCUUAUUGAGCUUAAUCAUAUCAAUGAGCUGGGGAGAAGUUAUAUGUAUACAUUAGAUGUGUCAGUUAUCAUGUGUGUUGAUCAAUUGUACUAAGGAACUACUUCUGCUUGUGGUUUCAUAUCAUUGGCGCGAUAUUGUUAAAUUUACAAGCUGAUAUUCUGAAUA